AAGUCCUCUCAUGGAGAUAGACACACUGUUUGAUAUUGAGAACAGGAGAUAGUGACUUGGAUAGUGACUACCAUUAUUGUGUAGUGGCAUAUCUUAAAGGACUUUGAUGACAUUGCAUAUAGCCUCACAGCCUCAAAAUGAUACAACUCAUCCUGGUCCUGCUUGCUGGUUUGUUGACCACAGUGUAUUUAUACUUCAGUUACACCUACAAGUACUGGACCAAGAAAGGCAUCCUGCAAGAACCACCAAUAUUCUUGUUUGGUAACAUGCUUGAUUUAAUUCUGGACAAGAGAAAUGCUGGAAUGAUAUAUACUGCAGUGUAUAAUAAAUAUGAGAAUCAUGAUGCAGUGGGAGUGUAUGAGUUUCAAACUCCAAAACUAUUAGUGAGAAAUCCUGACCUCUUUGAGAAGAUUUUAAUUGAAGAUUUUUCAAGUUUUUCUGACAACGAAAUCAAAGUUAGUUUGAAGAUUGAACCAUUCAUGGCUAACAAUUCAUUUCUUGUGGGUGGAGAAAAAUGGAAGCCAGCUCGAAACGCUUUAAUAAAUGGACUCACCAAGUCUAAGCUGAAAGACAUGUACGAGCUCAUGAAACCCACUGCUAUUCACCUUAAAAGCUAUAUUGAAGACAACAUGGAUCAAGAUUUUGAGGCUUUAGACUUGGCCCAUCUCUUCAUGAUGACGAAUGUUUCAAACACUGUUUAUGGGAUCGAGAGCAACUGUUUCAAAGACCCUGAUGCCAUGUAUCAUAAGAUGGUUAAACUUUUUUCCAAAAACUGGCAAAGCCGAUGGAAAGUAAUGCUUAUAUUUCAUUUUCAACGUCUUAGAGACUUUUUUGGAGUAAACUAUAUACCACAACAAGUGACUGACUUUGUUGAAAGUAUGGUAAAACAAGUUGUUGAUGUUCGGCUGAAAAAUAAUAUUAAGAGAAAUGAUUUCCUACAUUAUUAUUUGAAUUUAAAUAAACCUUUGGAAGAUAAAAUAACACAGAUAAUUCGCAAUGGUGUAACAUUUUUUAUUGGGGGGUUUGAUACUUCCUCUGUCCCCUCUUCAAAUUUGAUGCAUGAACUUGCUUUAAAUCCUUCAAUCCAAGAAAAUCUUUACCAAGAACUGUUUGAGGCGUAUCAGGGGAAAACUGACCUGGAUUAUGAUACACUGAUGAAUUUACCUCUACUAGAUAGAGCUUUCAAAGAGGUUCUAAGGAAGUAUCCUGUGCUGUUUAACUCGGGUAAGGUGUGCACAAAACCAACCACCCUUGAGAUUGAUGGAAGAACAAUCAAAAUAUCUAAAGGAACUACGGUGAUGAUCCCAGUGUAUGCUGUACAUCAUGACCCUCAGCACUAUAUUGACCCAGAGGUGUUUGAUCCAGAAAGAUUUACUCCGGAAGGUAUAAACUCCCGUCAUCCUCUCACUUGGCUGCCAUUUGGAGCCGGCCCCCGCAUUUGUGCUGGAAUUAACUUUGGACUCCUUCAAGCAAAACUAUUCUUGGCGACUAUUGUGUACAAUUUCAAGAUUGAAAAAACUACCAAAACACCACAAAAAUUAACUUGUAAGACAUCAUCAUAUUUCUUCUUACCAGAAGAAAAGCAAUGGAUCCGUCUUAUAAAACGUUGAAAGGUGCUCAGUGUGGAAGAAGUAGCAAUGUAUCACUAGCCAGUGUUAAGAGUUUAUGCUUUUGUUUUGUUAUUAAAGAGGAUUAGAACAUGUA